AUGCGUCUCAUAUGAUCCAAUAAUAUUCCUAUGCCGGCCGCUUUUGCAGACAGCUUCCGGGUCGGGAGAUCGUUCGCCUGUGCUGCACCACAGAGCCGGGACUGUCUGCGAAGGAGGGGUGCUGCCUUUCCUGUUGAGCUCCUCCUGGUGUGUGAGUGUUGGGUGUGUGUGCACCAUGGCGAGCCUCCUACGUGUCGUGGCGGCUAGCUGCUCGGCCCCUGUGUUCAGCGGGGUUUCCUGUUUGAAGCUGCAGAGCGGCCAUACAAUCAAAUCAUCAUGCCUUCGCUUUUUCAGGACCCAUCAAGCUCUUGGACGAUGCGCCAGUCCAGGUAUUCCAUACAAACAACUCACGGUCGGCGUUCCCAAAGAAAUUUUCCAGAAUGAACGUCGUGUGGCGCUGUCUCCCGCUGGCGUCCAGGCGCUCAUCAAACAGGGCUUCAAUGUCGUCGUGGAGUCUGGAGCCGGAGAGCCUUCCAAGUUCGCAGAUGAACAGUACACCCAGGCUGGAGCAACAAUUAAAGACAUUAAAGACGUCUUGGCAUCUGAUGUGGUGGUUAAGAUCCGUGCUCCCACUUUCAACCCUGCUUUGGGCAUCCAUGAGGUGGAGAUGAUGAAGGAAGCAGCCACUUUGAUCAGCUUCAUCUACCCAGCUCAGAACCCUGAGUUGAUGGACAUGCUGUCUCAGAAGAAAGCCACCGUCCUGGCUAUGGACCAGGUUCCACGAGUCACCAUCGCCCAGGGUUAUGAUGCACUGAGCUCCAUGGCGAACAUUGCAGGGUACAAGGCAGUUGUACUGGCAGCUAACAGCUUUGGUCGCUUUUUCACUGGACAAAUCACAGCAGCUGGGAAAGUGCCACCUGCAAAGGUGCUGAUCAUUGGAGGUGGUGUGGCUGGACUGGCAGCUGCUGGCACUGCCAGGGCUAUGGGAGCCAUUGUCAGAGGAUUUGAUACCAGAGCUGCAGCUUUGGAGCAGUUUAAAUCUCUGGGCGCAGAGCCGCUGGAAGUGGAUAUUAAGGAGUCAGGAGAGGGCCAGGGAGGCUAUGCCAAGGAAAUGUCUAAAGAGUUCAUAGAGGCAGAGAUGAAGCUGUUUGCCAAACAGUGUCAGGAAGUGGACAUUGUCAUCAGCACAGCUCUUAUCCCUGGGAGGCGGGCACCUAUCCUGAUCACCAAACCAAUGGUAGAGAGCAUGAAAGAUGGCUCUGUGGUGGUGGACUUGGCUGCAGAGGCUGGAGGAAACAUUGAGACCACAGUACCAGGGGACCUGUCAGUACACAAGGGAGUUACCCAUAUCGGCUACACAGACCUGCCCAGCCGUUUGCCAACACAGUCCAGCACUCUGUACUCCAACAACAUCACUAAGCUGAUGCGGGCGGUCAGCCCCGACAAGGACAGCUUUUACCUGGAUGUCAAGGAUGUGUUUGACUAUGGGACGAUGGAUCACGUUGUCAGAGGAUCUGUUGUCAUGCAGAAUGGAAAGAACCUGUUCCCUGCUCCUCAGCCUAACAAUGUGCCCACUGCAGCUCCUCCUAAACCCAAGUCUGUCCAGGAACUGGAGGCUGAUAAGGCUGCACAAUUCUCCCCCUUCAGGGCCACACUCACCACUGCUAGCGCGUACACUGGAGGUGCUGCCACCCUCCUGGGUCUGGGUCUGUCGGCUCCUAACACCGCUUUCACUCAGAUGGUCACCACCUUUGGCCUUGCUGGCAUCGUGGGAUACCACACAGUGUGGGGGGUCACUCCUGCUCUGCACUCACCCCUCAUGUCUGUCACCAAUGCCAUCUCAGGUCUGACGGCUGUUGGUGGCCUGUCCCUGAUGGGUGGCGGCUACACCCCAACAACUACUGCUGAGACACUGGCUGUGCUUGCCGCCUUCAUCUCCUCCGUCAACAUUGCUGGUGGUUUCCUGGUGACUCAGAAGAUGUUGGAUAUGUUCAAGCGUCCCACUGAUCCUCCAGAGUAUAACUACCUCUAUCUGCUUCCUGGUGGUGUCUUCGUCGGAGGCUACGCUGCUGCUCUGCAGUCUGGAUACAAUAUUGAACAGAUGAUUUACUUGGGCUCAGGUCUGUGCUGUGUCGGUGCCCUGGCUGGCCUCUCCAACCAGACCACAGCCCGUCUGGGUAAUGCUUUGGGUAUGAUGGGAGUGGCUGGGGGGAUUGCUGCCACUCUUGGUGCCCUCAAACCAAGUCCUGAGCUUCUGGCACAGAUGAGUGCAGCCAUGGCUGUAGGUGGCACUGCUGGCUUGACCAUUGCUAAAAGGAUCCAGAUCACUGACUUGCCCCAGCUGGUGGCCGCCUUCCACAGCCUGGUGGGGCUGGCUGCCGUGCUUACCUGUGUGGCCGAAUACAUGAUCGAGUACCCCCACUUCGCCACAGACCCUGCAGCCAACCUCACCAAGAUAGUCGCCUACCUCGGCACCUACAUCGGUGGAAUAACUUUCAGUGGCUCUUUGGUGGCGUACGGCAAGCUGCAAGGUAUGCUGAACAGUGCUCCCUUGAUUCUCCCUGCUCGUCACGCUCUGAACGCCAGUCUUAUGGCAGCUAGUGUUGGUGGGAUGAUCCCCUACAUGCUGGAUCCCAGCUACACCACAGGCCUCACCUGUCUUGGAUCUGUCUCUGCUCUCUCGGCUGUCAUGGGUGUAACCUUGACAGCAGCUAUUGGAGGUGCUGACAUGCCAGUGGUAAUCACUGUACUGAACAGCUACUCAGGCUGGGCCCUGUGUGCCGAGGGCUUCUUGCUCAAUAACAACCUGCUGACCAUCGUUGGAGCUCUCAUCGGGUCGUCUGGAGCCAUUUUGUCAUAUAUUAUGUGUGUGGCCAUGAAUCGUUCGCUGGCUAAUGUGAUCCUGGGAGGCUACGGCACGUCUUCCACCGGCACAGGAAAGCCCAUGGAGAUCACAGGCACACACACCGAGGUUAACGUGGAUCAGACGGUCGACAUGAUUAAAGAGGCCCAGAACAUAAUCAUCACUCCAGGUUAUGGACUCUGCGCUGCUAAGGCCCAAUACCCCAUCGCUGAGUUGGUGAAGAUGCUUAGAGAUGCUGGCAAGAAAGUCAGGUUUGGUAUUCACCCGGUGGCUGGUCGUAUGCCUGGUCAGCUCAACGUGCUGUUGGCUGAAGCUGGUGUCCCAUAUGAUAUUGUUCUGGAAAUGGAGGAGAUUAAUGAGGACUUCUCUGAGACUGACCUGGUCCUGGUGAUCGGUGCCAAUGACACAGUGAACUCAGCCUCCCAGGAAGAUCCCAACUCCAUCAUUGCUGGUAUGCCUGUGUUGGAGGUCUGGAAGUCUAAGCAGGUUAUUGUGAUGAAACGUUCCCUGGGUGUAGGAUACGCAGCUGUUGACAACCCCAUCUUCUACAAGCCCAACACUGCGAUGUUGCUGGGGGACGCCAAAAAGACUUGUGAUGCCCUGCAAGCCAAGGUCCGCGAGUCCCAGAGUCAGUGAGGCGGCUCUGCUCCAAACAGAAAACCUCCACAAAGAGCACACGUGGAGUGAGGAAGGCAGAAGACAAAUGAGGCAAAGUUUUUCCAAAAGUAUUUCCGCAUCGAGAUCAUCUUUUCUGAAUGUGACUCAAUCAAAUUAGCAAAGAGGAUCAUUAAGAAUUUUUUUUGUGGCAAACCCUUCCUAUGAGCUGUAGAUAAAAGAAAUGGCAAAAAAAACAAAAAAAACAGACACGCGUGCAGUAGGAGACAAGCGAUGCAGAUACUGUAGAU